UAUGUCACUAAAUUUUAAAAAGUAAAAAGAGGAAAUAUUUCAUGUGUCAUUAUCUAUUUGUGUUUAUUUCUAGUAUUAUAUUUUUAUUGAAUAUAUAAUACACAAACAUGUUGUCGGCUGCCAAAGUUCGUAUACAUGGAAUGCAAGACGAGAAUUGGGUGAUAAAAGACAAAAUUAAUCAAUACAGGGGACUUAUUAAAUUGUAUGAACGCGACCGAAAGAUCCAUGAAGGGGAUUUGGCGAAACAGAAGAAGCGCUACUCUCGAGAUAUCCGAACUUUACGCAAGGAGAUAUCCACGAAAAGAGGGGAGCUGGGCGUAGCAGUUUAUGGCGAUAAGCAAUUCCUGAGGAACGCAUUCCAGGAGCAUAGGAGACUGCAGCUUACUUAUAUGAACAGCCAAGCCGAUAGAGUUCUCGAGAGUAUACAUCAAGAAAAUUUCAAUAAGCGCAAACAAUUGGAUAGAAUCAGAUAUACGAAAAAGAAAAAAAUGGAAAAAUUUCGCCUAACUCAGUUGGAGUCGGCGGAGCUUCGUGAUCGUCUAUUGUUUGAAGUAGGGGGGAAACUGCCAGCAGAGAAGAAGGAGCAGGCUGUGGCCAACUACGUGCAGCGGGCCAACAUCAAGAAAAAUGCCGCGCUGGCUAUCAAAGUUAUGUACAAGAAAAUACUGGAUAUACUCAAAAAGGACUCGUCGUAUUUUUCUGUAGUGUUGGAAGCCCUGAAGUUGGAUUGCCGAGCGCAAGGUAAAUGUCUGAUGGGCGCUACGGAGAUGGGCCAGCUUGCUAUGGAGUAUCUGGAUGAUAGGAAGUUUGAAUUUAAUAAACUAGAGAAAGAGAUCAAGGCCAACAUGAAGGAGAGGGAGCGAACAUUGAAAUUGGUUCGACGCGAAGUGACCUAUCUCACGGAGUCAUUUCCUAACUUAAUACGGAAAGAGGAAGCUACAAAUCUGGACGAUUUAUAUGAGGAUGAUGAUGUAGGGAGUCACCAUUCAGUGCACUGGGAGCUUGAGGAAGUCAUGGGUAUUUGCAAACGUCUUCAGAAAUCAACCCUGGUCUCUGCAAUCGAUCAAAUAUUGAUGAGAUUAAAGGAGCAAACUUACCAGACGGAACGACUUAUGAUGCAGCUUGCUGUGAACAGCGCCAAGAGAGAUGCUCUUAUCGAAGAUCGAAAGCAUGCACUGAUGAUGCUGGACUCGCUUAAAAAUGUUGGCCAAGAGCGCACUGCGCAGUUUGUGAAAGAUAAGAAACAGCUGCGUGCCCAAAUAGCAGCUGAAGAACGAGAAGAGCAAAACCUUAAGCGAUCGCUGGAUGAAAAAGGGAAACUUAUUAUCGAAAUGAAGACCUCUUUGCAACAAAUCAACGAGUUACUCUCCAGUGUCGGUGCUACCAACGCUCCCCGGCCCUACGACAAGGUGCCACCAGCGAUACAGUACGCCUUGGAAGACAUGAUCCAGCCAGUGCCAGAAGUAGAAGCGGACUUCGACAAGCUGAUCUUAAUCGCUCGUCAGAAGCUGAACGUGCUGAUACAAGCUGUGUCCAGGAUGGAGGUGACACCUGAAAUCAAGGCCAACGCGAAACUCUUCUACCACAACAUUCUAGCGAGAUCAAUGCGUGAUAAUUACAAAGACGAAGUAAUAGCGGAAGGAGGACUCAUAGAGUUCGAGAUGGAAGACCCGAAUGUGCCGAGCCAUGCGAUCGUGAAACUUAGAAGCAAACAGCUGGUGGACGCCCAGGUCAGCGAAUUCGACGUACCCGAUAUCCCUUCUAAGAAAUAAAUUGUUAAUAAUCAUUAAACAGAUAAUAAAAUAUUUCCGUGCUCUGAUUACGCCAUGUUUAUUUAUGAAACCUAC